AUGUGUAAGCUCACGACUUUCACGGCUACUGCCGCUCUUCUCGCAUUGCCCGCUCUCGGUCAGCUUUCGCAAUUCGUCCAAUAUACUCCAAAAGGCGACGAUACCUUGGUCGAACGCUCUGAUCCUAUCGAGCAUCCGCACACCCUCAGCGCUCAUGUCCACCAAGUCUUUGGAGCAAACAAUUUUAGUCCGGAUGCCAGCUACAAUGCUCUCCAGAAGUCCGAUUGUACGACGGUAGGCUCUGCAUCUGGUGAUGGCAAUGCCGCGGACAAGAGCAGCUACUGGCAUCCUUCUCUCUACAUGGAAGCCAAGGAUGGCACCGGCUACGUUCGCGUACGAACGUCUGGCCACAAAAUCUACUACCGCGACGCUGGCUCUCAUCACGACAAGAAAGCCAGCCCCUUUGAGUUUCCCGAGGGCUUUCGCAUGAUCGCUGGUGACGCUCGUAUGCGUGCUGCUGCUUCCCAGAUUCCUAGGCAGAACAUUACUCAAUGGAUCUGUCACAGCUCUGGGCCAUGGAAUGAAGGCACAGAUGGGGGUUUCCCGACUGGAGUAACAGACUGCAACGCCUAUCCGGGCUUCAACGGCGCCAUCCAUUUCCCACACUGCUGGAACGGCAAGGACUUCGACCAAUCCGAUCCGAGCGCACACGUGGCCUACCCAGAAGACAACAUCCAAGAUGGCGCUUGCCCAAGCAGCCACCCAAUCCGCCUUCCACAUAUCUUCAUGGAGAACCAAUUUGAUCUACAUUCCAUCGCUGACCAAGUCAAGCCUGGCUCCUUCGUCCUCUCCCAGGGCGAUAACACUGGCUAUGGCUGGCACGUCGACUUCUUCAACGGUUGGACCUCAGGUGCCAUCCCGGAACUCCUGAGCAGUUGCCCCAAGUCAGCUUGGGGAAACGAAGAUAUCGGCACCUGUCCGGGUUUCAAGAAGUUUGCAACGAAGACGAAGGCUUGCAAACUGAAGAGGACGUAUCAUGAGAAUGUGGAUACUCCAGGCCAUGCGCUUCCUGGUUGCAACCCGGUCACAGACGUGAAUCCGGCACCGAAGAGGCCUGUCGCUGCGCUUGGAAAAGCUGAAUCAAACUGUGCAGCAGCAGGUUCUUCUGACGGUAAGGGCAGUGGGUCUUCUGGCGGUAAGGACAGUGAGUCUUCUGGCGGUAAGGGCCGUGAGUCUUCUGGCGGUAAGGACAGUGGGUCUUCUGCAGAAGAAGGCUUUAUUGGCGCGGCACCUAAACACCAUCAUCAACAUUCUGGUGGGCAUUCGCAUCACCAUGACUCCAAACCCUAA